AGGGCGAAGCAAAAAUGUUUUAGCAUUAGUAUCUAUAUCCAAAAAAAGGACAAAAAUAACCCGAAGUUAGCACGAGAACAGAGCUGUAUCAAAGCAUCCUAAUUUUGGACAUUUGAUCCGCCUAUAUAUUGAACGCGGGAAAUAUAACGCAAUCGAUGUAAACAGUACAUUGUGACGUCAUAUUCAGCGUCGUUAUUUAGCAAAUUUACAAACAUAGCGUUUGAACCACAACAAAAAGCAUAGCGUUAAUCGUGGAGUGAUUGUAUAUGAUUAAGAAAAUAAGAUUUAUAUGCUUUUACGGAUUUUAUGUAACAUCUCAGAACGAUGUGAACUAGGGUAGACGAGAUUCAAAAUGGACGAAUACAUGUCCACGCGCUAAUAUUCGAAUCAACGCCAUUGGUACCAAACUUUUCAAGUUCCAUAGAUGCUAGCAGUUUAGUAACCAUGUGGCGAGAGGCACCUGCUCUGGUGUUGAAAAAUAUCUUCUGUUACCUGGAGGCUUCAGAUCUGCUUGCUGUUUCCUUAACGUGUCAACUGUGGCAUCAAGUAGCCAAAGAAGAUUCUGUUUGGAAGCAUCUUGUUCAGAGAUUAUGGAAAAUUAAAGGAAAUUUGCCACCAGGAAAGGUUUCAUGGAGAAAUGAAUUCCGACGGCUGACAUAUGAAACACCAACGUAUCUCAGUGAAACACUGCAUGAGCACACAGAUGAGGUUCUCGAUGUCAGUUUUUCACAUGAUGGGAAAGUCUUCUGCACAACUUCCAAGGAUGCAACAGUGAAGAUUUGGGAACUAGGUUACCCCACGAAAGUGAAACACAAUGCAAAGAUGUUACUAUUAGCAGGCUGGAAUUUGACACAAUUUUCCACAUUCAAUAAAAGUGAUACUUACUUGUGUGUAUGUGGAGUUCAGAUUGUUGGGGAAUAUUUCCCCAGUCCCUAUGGGAGGGGAGCGGUGUUCAGAACUAGUGAUUUUAAGUUGAUACAGACGAUGAAAAUGGAGCCUCCUCAACUGUUUGCUGAUUGGUACGAUGACACGACAGUUCUAGGGGGAUAUGUAGAGGAGAAUGAAACACUCCUUCACAUCAAAGCUUUCAAGGUAGUAGAAAAGGAAUCAUGUAAUAUUCAAGAGCCAGACUCUGGACAGAUUGUGUACAGUUUUGAUACUGAUCAUCAUCACACUAUGAACCUUCUCGUGGCAGACCUUCCAUAUGAUUAUCAGUCACAUGAUCAGUCAGGUGACUACAGAUUGACAGUUCAUCAAAUACCAAAAGAAGCCCAGUCUGUGAAAAAUGGAAGAACUAAAGAAGUAAAAUCUGCAGCAAAUAAUGCCUGUUCCUCAGAAGAACACCAAAAAAUGAUGAUAUUUGUGUGUGAACAACAUUCUGCUUUAGCAGUUCAUGAUGUGACAAAUCUACAUGAGAAAACUAUGGCAAGAAAUACCAAACUAAAUGCAAACACUAGACAGUCACCAGGGAGCAUCAGAUCAUUGAGUUCUGCAAAUAACAGUAUAGGAAUACAGAAAUCAUCUUUAAGAGCAUCAAAACAAGGUCAUAAAAAUCAAAGUGAGGCUCAGACAGUGAGAGGUCCUCGAAGCGUUUGUGAACUUCCAGGAGCUUCAAUUCUUGAUAAACCAACUGUCUCUCCUUCAUUUGACAAGUACUACAUAUCAGGAAUGAAACUCUCUCCAGAUCAUAGAGAGCUGUACUUCAACCACAGAAUCUGUCAUUUUGAUAAGGUUGAUGAUGAUGGAUAUCCAGUUAUAGAAUCGGACAUCAUUGUUGACAAGUAUGACCUUGUAACAAAAACGCACACCAAAAACCUUCUAAAAGGUCACAAAGCCUCUUCCAAAUAUCCUGCCUGGUACAUAUGUCUUGACAUCAGUCAGGACUAUAUCAUUAGUGGUAGUGAGGAUGGGCGAGCCUUUUUGUGGGACCGACACUACCUCAGUUUCCUGGGACAUCUACCUCACAGCCUCAAUCCAGACAUAGUAAUCAACGGCACAACCUUCUGUCCCACUGAUGAUCAGUGUGUGGUCACUGGAGCAGACGACGGAAUCAUUCAUGUAUGGAGGUCGUCAAGGAGACAUGCUGAACUACAGAGACAACAAGGUCUGGUGGCAAUGGAUCUGUGAAUUGCAAGACAUUUUUUCUUUUCUUUUUGAAUUUGAAGUAUGAUAGUUUAUGUUUAGAAUGUAUUUAUAAUUUACAUUCAUUCAAAGAUGAUUCUGAAACAUAUUAUUUCCUAUGAUUCUACGCGUACAGUUAGAAUAAGAAAUGCACCUUCAGAAUUAUGUGCUUCAUGUAGACUCUUGUUAAGUGUGCAGUGAAUACUGAUUAGUGUAAAUUUUAUCGAAAUUGAUGCCUCAUUUAGCAUUGGAUGAGAAUGAGUAUGAAACCUUUUUUUUUUUUUUUUGCCAUGUAUAUUUGAAUUUUUCAAAUUUACACUUUUAACCUAAAAUUUAUUAUUUGUAUUUGUGCAACGCUGAAAUUAACCGUGAAAGUGACUGAAACAGUUUUUUUCCCUAUUUUGAAUUUUGGUCUUGGCAGGCCUGUCCCUAAGGAAAUAAAGAUAUUUUGAUAGGUUGCAAUAUUAGGAACAAUCUACAAUAGAAUUUUCUAAGGGACACCCCUGGCCUUGGGUUAAAAUUCACAGAAAACCUACAAAAAUUAGGGAACCUGUUUUUUUGACAACCUGGUGUAUAUUUAUACCCUCAGUUGUUGAGGUUAGUGUAGGUCAGUAAGCUACUCUGCUGUUACUGUGUGAUUAGGUUCCUUUUUGUUGAAAUCCACACCAGGCCCCAAGACCAUAAACUGAGAAUAGACUUCAGUCAAAAUUUUGAUUAGUUAGAUCUUAGGAUUUAUUCAGCACAGAUGUUUAAAAACAACUGCAGGUUUAUCAAAAAUUCAAAUGUAAACAUACAUGUAUACUGAAAAUCUUAUUUGUUUAUGAAAAUUAUUUCAAAAGUUAGCUGGAUUUGAAAUUUAGACUUAAGACUAUUCUCAGUUUAUCAGGCCACAUUUUACAUUUGUUUUUAAUUUCAACUUUGCAACACUAGUUUUAUGCUCACUUUAAUAGGUUGUGGGUUUACAGACUUUUUUUUCACAGGAAAAUUUCUCAGAUGUAUCUUUUCAUUGAAUAUCAGUGUUUUUUAGUAAUUACGUUUUAAACAUACAGAUGUACCAUUCUUUUAACAGUAGCGUUUUCCGUUGAAUUAUACAGAAAAUAAUAGUGAUUGACUUCACUCAUUGAAUAAUUCAGCUUUGAAUAAGUAGAAUUUGCUGCUGUAGAUCCUAAUGAUAUCAAUAUCAAAUUGAAAAAUAUUGAUGAAAAAACUAAGGGUUAAUCAAGCUCGUGUGCAUUAAGAAAGAUGUCAAAGUUUGACAAAAACCAUCAAAGCAGAAAGCAGAAAGUUUUUAACAGAUAACGAUACGCAUAUUCGCGGCGUCAUUCAACAUCAUUCCUUUACUUUUUAUACACAACUUCAAAAAGAACUCAGAACAACGUUAUAGACUCCUUCGAUAGAAGGGGAAAUCAAAUAUGUAUGGACAAAAUAUCAAUUAUUUACAAAAUAUCAAUGAAAACGUUCUUUAGAAUUCGUUAAAAAUUCUGAAUAUAUAUACAUAUACAUUUAUUGUGCCAUAUAUCUUAAUUUUGUUGCGCAGGUAAUAUUUCAUUUGCGAUCGCAUUAUCACAGUAUCAAUAAAAUACUAUGAUAGUAAUUAUUCUAUUUUUGAAUAAUAUUCUAACCAGAAAGACAGCUAUAGUUGAUUUUAUUUUACAAUAUAUUUAUGUUUAUUUAAAUCUUCCUCACAUGAUCAAUCCAUUCUCUCUCUCUCUCUCUCACACAGAGAAGUAAAUACCCCUAUUGAUUUUGAGGUCAAGGAUCAAACUGAACACAGUAAGAUAUUGUCUGCUCAACAUCUUUAGAACCUUUUGCUUGAAAUACAUCAAACUUGAGUACACUCUGGAUGAGCUUUUUGUAAAGACUGAAACCUAAUCCAGUCCAAUGGGGUUUUUUUUAUUGAUUUUUUUUAUUAUUGUUUUUUGUUUAUUUUCUUUUAUUGAUCCUUACUUUGACAAACAGAAGAAGAGGUGUGAAGUAGACAAAGCAUGUCUUUAUUCAUGAUGUUAACUUUUUCAAUACAUGCUGACCUAGAGAACUGAUAUAUUCAUCACUGAAUAUUUGAUUUACAGUUUUGCAAGUGUUUGUAUGGAGUGAUUUAUGCCAUUAUGUUAUUUAAUUAACAGUCUGGUUAAAAUUGAACUUUCAUUUGCUCUUUUUUAUUUUGAUUGUCGCGUGAAAAGCUAGUGAAGGUUAUUUAAUGUUUACUCAUGAAAGCUAAGACAUAACGUAUUGUCAAUUUCAUUACGUAUCUUAGAGAGUGUUAAAGCCAUCCUAAACUAGGAAAAUUGUUUGUUUUAACUCGAGGACAAACCUGUCCUAAGAGGUAACCUAGCAAGAUUAAUAAAUGUACUCUACAUGCUUAAUGACAUUGCAUUCUGUCUUCGUGUUAUUAUUCGUGUUAUGGCGAAUGUGUACAUUGGUUAUGACAAUGUGUUGUGGUUUCGUUUUUUGACUGUUCAAAGUCUGUCAGCGUUGAAGAGGACAAGUACUGGUAUAUAUGUGUAUGAUCGGAUACAUGCUAUCUGUUAACAGCAUGAAAUUUUGUAUUUUAAGGUAUUCAUUGUACAACAAACAUAUUCCAGAUCCAGUAAAUGGAUGAUGGGAUUUUUGUAAUCAUGGUAUCAUUCUGAAGGGUUCAUCAAAAAAUUAAUAAAAAUAAACCACCA